GCACCUGAAACGUUGGUUUGCGGACCGCCAUUACAUCAUAGAAGAAGACGGAAGCGCACCUUUGAACAAAAUCAGCUUUGCUAACGCAGUAUUUCACGUGUAUUUUGCCAUAUUUAAUGGCUGUUUUAAAUAGCCCAAGUUUAAUCCGUUUAUUUCGUGCACGAGUUAUUGUUCUUAUAUUGACGUGCAGCUUUGUACUGUGUGUCGUCUGGAAUUUGGAGAAUAAAACGCCAGAGAUAUCCACAGAACUGAUGACUGACCAGACUCUGGAGUAUUUUCUCAGCCAGGGGAAGAUACAGGUUAAGGAUGCAGCAGAUAUUGAAUGGGCCCAUGCUGCCAACAGCAAGAACAAGAUCACAGAGGCACUACAGAGCUCCGCCCACAUGAUAGAGGCAGACAUACUUCUGAGGAGUAACGACCCUAAAGAGCCAAUCAUGGCUCAUCCUCCUGAGACCGACAGUGAUGUCACGCUGCGUGAUUGGCUGAAGGAGGUCAAGGCAUCAGACAAAGGGAUAAAGCUCGACUUCAAAAGCCUGACAGCGGUCGCUCCAUCCAUGGUGUUAUUAGACGAGGUUCGGGCUGAGCUCCGUGGGCCCGUGUGGAUCAACGCUGACAUCCUGCCAGGCCCUGGAGGCAAGGCCACACCCCUUGACCCCAAAGUCUUCCUGGAGGCAGCUGUGACCCCUGGUUCCCAUGGUGAUGUUCUCUCCCUGGGCUGGACAACGGGCUGGACUGCAGAUACACACAACCCAGGGUACAGCUGGGAGAUGGUGAGGGAGAUGGAGGCAAUGUGUCGGACCCUAAGACAUCCGGUCACCUUCCCUGUCAGAGCAGCCCUCCUGGCCCAUUCAUUCUCCCAGCUACACUGGCUUCUACAGCAGUCAGACAGGUACAGCCUGACAAUAUGGACUGGCCACACUGAUGUCUUCGUUGUAAAGGACCUACUGCCUUACAGGAGUGACAUCGACAAGACCAGGAUAUAUUACGACCUGCUGGACUCACAGAGGACACAGCUCAAAGGACUAACAGGCUACUGAUCUUGUGUUAUUAAACAAACAAACAAACAAA